UUUGGCUACCUAAAUCCUAUUGAAAAUCAAUGUAUCUUUAACUGCUGAUGAAAUUAUUGCCCCAGUGGCUGUUCUUGGAGCUCCAGAGAAGGAUCUGGUCUGAUUGCAGAGCAAGGCAAGGCCACUUGGUGUCUGCCAGUGAUGGUAAUCCAAGGAUUGAAGUGGAUCUUGGGACAAAUGGAUGACUGAAUAUUCAUAUGAAGAGGAAAGCCAUAAAAGACAUCAGCGCCCUUGAGAACAGAAUGUUAAUGCUUGAUGGGAUGCCGGCAGUCAGAGUCAAAACAGAGCUGCUGGAAUCUGAGCAAGGGUCUCCAAACGUCCACAACUACCCAGAUAUGGAUGCUGUACCCUUGUUACUAAACAACAUGAAGGCUGACCCCACGGAGGAUUCAUUAUCUACAGACCACUUCCAGACACAGACUGAACCAGUGGACUUAUCAAUAAACAAAGCCAGGUCGUCCCCUACAGCAGCUUCAUCUUCACCAGUUUCCAUGACAGCAUCAGCCUCCUCCCCUUCUUCUACUUCUACUUCUUCUUCUAGUCGGCCAGCUUCAUCACCUACCGUAAUAACAUCAGUGUCCUCAGCGGCAUCUGUACCGUCAGUAUUAACUCCAGGUCCUCUUGUGGCCUCUGCAUCUGGUGUUGGAGGCCAGCAGUUUUUGCACAUUAUCCAUCCAGUACCACCUUCAAGUCCCAUGAACUUGCAGUCCAACAAAAUGAGUCACGUGCACCGUAUCCCUGUGGUGGUACAGUCGGUACCUGUUGUCUAUACAGCUGUGAGAUCACCUGGGAAUAUGAACAACACUAUAGUAGUACCACUGUUGGAGGAUGGGAGAAGCCAUGUCAAAGCACAAAUGGACCCCCGAGGCCUAUCUCCCAGACAAAUUAAAAGUGACAGUGAUGAUGACGACCUGCCAAAUGUGACCUUAGAUAGCGUUAAUGAAACUGGAUCUACAGCGCUCUCCAUAGCCAGAGCAGUACAAGAAGAGAGCAUGUGGGGCUGUGCCAGGUCAGCUGUUAACCCUUUUCGUUUUUUCAACUCCAGUUCAAUUUCACCGUUCAGUAUUGAGAGCACAAGGCGUCAGAGAAGGUCUGAGUCUCCAGACUCCAGGAAGCGACGCAUCCAUCGGUGUGACUUUGAGGGAUGCAACAAAGUAUACACAAAAAGUUCCCACCUGAAGGCUCACCGGAGAACACACACGGGAGAAAAACCCUACAAAUGUACCUGGGAAGGCUGCACCUGGAAGUUUGCUCGAUCCGACGAACUGACGAGGCAUUACCGCAAGCACACGGGAGUGAAGCCAUUCAAGUGUGCAGACUGUGACCGCAGCUUUUCCCGGUCAGAUCACUUGGCGCUCCACCGCCGCAGGCACAUGCUGGUUUGAGAAACGCUACCUGUUCCAGCCGAGUUUAAGAGCUGGGUCUCUUAACUACCCAGAGUGAAUUCAGCAGGGCUGAAUCCCCCUCUACAGUGUUAACAGGCAGGGCAUUCCCUGAUGUCUGUAACAAAAAAUAGUAACAGAAAUU